AUGACUUUCACCGCGACUCCUUUUGAGUACGUCUUCUCCGCCCCUCUCUGGGAAGGUCUCUCGGCCGAGAUGAUCACCGCUUACGCGAAACGAGGCGACCGGCUGGCUGUCACCGUGGAUGCGUGGCACCAAGAGAAAGACUCUCAUUGCGAGUGGGAGAUAUCCUUCUCUCCGCACGAUGUCGACUUGACCACAACCCGUGUCCGGUUGGAAGCCGGUGGCAUGCUCAACAUCACGAUCCGUAGGAAUGAAGAGUAUUCUGCAGAGGCUGAUCCGCCUGUUAUCCGAUGUUAG